AUGACCGAGGUAGAUCUGCACGAGUCCGAAGAUAGUGAUAUCGGUGAAGGUGAAUACCAGGUGGAAAAGAUUGUUAAGGUUCGCAUUCGUGGCGGGAAAAAGGAGUACCUUCUAAAGUGGAAAGGAUACGCAGAAGAAGACAAUUCUUGGGAACCUGAGGAAAACCUCGACUGUCCGGAUUUAAUCAAGGAUUUUGAAGAACGUAUGUUGAGGGAACGUUCUUCUGUCUUGACACCUGGUCGUCCGUCCUCCAGUUCAGCCAAAGUUACUCCCCGUACGAAAUUGCUUACCGCUUCGGAGCCUCUAAGGAAGCGGGGUCGACCAGUUCAUAGCGACUCUGAAGAAUUUGUCUCAGAACCAAAAAGGCUCGCCGAUGAAUCAUCGAGUGUUAUUCAUAAGAGUCCAUCGAAAACUGCGCGAGGCUUUGCAAGAGGUCUAAAACCGGAUCGGAUCAUAGGUGCUACUGACUCCAGCGGCGAGCUUAUGUUCCUCAUAAAGUGGAAAGAUUCAAAUGAAGCGGACUUGGUUCCCGCGAGGGAAGCUCAUGUUAAAUGCCCACAGACGGUUAUUCGCUUCUAUGAAGAGCGUUUGACCUGGCACACACCAGAACCGCAUGCUGAAUCUGCCCAAACUACUGCGAUGACACAGGCACCGAUUCAGGCCUUGGGGACCACCACUAUUCCAUCGGGGAUCGACCCUCCAGCGGCCACAGAGGGGGAACCUGUCGGUGAGUCAAUGGAUUCCGGUACUGCCACCACCACUGCCGAAGAGUCGGCCGCAGAGUCUGCGUCAGAAACGUUAAUCACACGAGCAGAGCUGGCACCUGCAGAGUAG